ACGCUGGUCUUGCGGAGGAGGUAGAGCGCGCGGCUGCCGCUCGAGGAGCGACGAGACUCCGACUCACUUUGGAUUUAUCCCGGGGAGGGUGGGGGGUUCCGAGGACAAACUUGGACCGACGGAACGAGGAGGAAAAAAAAUAAUAAAACCGGGAAACGGAGGUUUGAAAGCGGCGGAAUGGCUGACCGGGACCCGGUGCCGCUUCCUGCGGAGGUGCGGGCUAAACUGGCCGAGCUGGAGCUGGAGUUAUCCGAGGGUGACAUCACACAGAAGGGUUAUGAGAAGAAGCGAUGCAAGUUGAUCGGAGCCUUCUUCCCUCAAACACAAGGAAUGGAUCCAGCCAUGGGCCAGGAGAGAAGAACGGCGGUCACACCCUCCUCAUCCUCCCGGUACAACCGCCGGCGGUCGUCUGGCUCCAGAGACGAACGUUACAGAUCAGACGUGCACACCGAGGCGGUGCAGGCCGCUCUGGCAAAGCAUAAAGAAAAGAAGAUGGCGGUGCCGAUGCCUUCAAAGCGGCGGUCUCUUGUGGUCCAAACAUCCAUGGAUGCCUACACACCACCAGACACGUCCUCUGACUCGGACGGCGAGGAGCAGGGAGGAGGCGACGAGGAAGUGGGCGGAGACGGCGAAGAGGAGGAUGGCGGAGGUGGCGGAGGAACCCCGUCCAGCCGGGAGGGGAGCAUCGUGAUGGAGCACUGGAUCAGCCGGGCCAUCCACGGCACCUCCUCCACCACCACCACCUCAUCCACGGCCUCCUCUUCCUCCUCCUCCACACGCAGCGGGGGCAGCGGGGCGGCCGGCGGCAGGCUGGCCGACGUUCUGGCACAGCACGUUCACAUCUCCUCCCAGCACCACCUCCGCCACCACCACCAUCACCGCCACAAGUCAGAGAACCACUCUGCCCCUCCGGACGUCACCAGCUACACCAACAACACCACCACCACUGAUGGAAUCCAAGUGGAACGAGCCCCGGGACCCGGUUCUGCCGGCCAGAAACAGACGCCCAAAUACGGCAACGCGGAGCUGAUGGAGACCGGAGACGGUGUUCCAGUCAGCAGCAGAGUUUCAGCUAAAAUACAGCAGCUUGUCAACACGCUGAAGAGACCCAAACGACCUCCGUUAAGAGAGUUUUUUGUUGACGACUUUGAGGAACUUCUGGAAGUCCAGCAGCCAGACCCCAACCUGCCCAAGGCUGAGGGGGCCCAGAUGGUGGCCAUGCGUGGUGAGCAGUUGGGCGUUGUGACCAACUGGCCCCCGUCUCUGGAGGCAGCUCUACAAAGGUGGGGCACCAUCUCUCCGAAGGCCCCGUGUCUGACCACCAUGGACACCAACGGCAAGCCGCUCUARACGCUCACCUACGGUAAACUGUGGUCCAGAAGUGUGAAGGUGGCUUACAACCUGCUGCACAAACUGGGAACCAAACAAGAACCACUCGUCCGGCCCGGUGACCGGGUGGCGCUCGUCUUUCCCAACAACGACCCCGGUGCCUUCAUGACGGCGUUUUACGGCUGCCUGCUGGCCGAGGUCGUGCCCGUUCCAAUAGAAGUCCCGCUGACCAGGAAGGACGCCGGCAGUCAGCAGAUCGGUUUUCUGCUGGGCAGCUGUGGAGUCACCGUGGCUCUGACCAGCGACGCCUGCCAUAAAGGCUUACCCAAAAGCCCCACAGGAGAGAUCCCACAGUUCAAAGGUUGGCCCAAGGUGCUAUGGUUUGUCGCGGAGUCCAAAUAUCUGUCCAAACCUCCCCGAGACUGGUUCCCACAGAUCAAUGAUGCCAACCAGGACACUGCCUACAUCGAGUACAAGACGUGUAAAGAUGGCGGCGUGCUGGGCGUGACGGUGACGAGGGUGGCGAUGCUCACACACUGCCAGACCCUCACGCAGUCCUGCUCGUACACAGAAGCUGAGACCGUGGUGAAUGUUUUGGACUUCAAGAAGGACGUGGGGCUGUGGCACGCCGUCCUGACUAGUGUGAUGAACAUGAUGCAUGUCGUCAGUAUUCCCUACGCCCUGAUGAAGGUGAACCCUCUGUCCUGGAUCCAGAAGGUCUGCCAGUUCAAAGCGAGGGUGGCCUGUGUGAAGUCCCGGGACAUGCACUGGGCUCUGGUGGCUCAUCGGGACCAGAGAGACGUGAACCUGAGCUCCCUGCGCAUGCUGGUGGUGGCCGACGGGUCGAACCCAUGGUCGAUCUCGUCCUGCGACGCCUUCCUCAACGUCUUCCAGACGAAAGGUUUGAAGCCGGAGGUGAUCUGUCCGUGUGCCAGCUCCACCGAGGCUCUGACCGUCGCCAUCCGGAGGCCGACGGAGGAGGGCAGCACCCCUCCGAACCGCGGCGUGUUGUCCAUGCAGGGUCUGAGCCACGGUGUGAUCCGGGUGGACUCUGAGGAGAAGCUGUCGGUCCUCACGCUGCAGGACGUUGGUUCUGUCAUGCCUGGAGGUAUGAUGUGUGUAGUAAAACUCGAAGGCGUCCCUCAGCUCUGUAAAACUGAUGAGAUUGGAGAGUUGUGUGUUUGCACUGUUGCUACUGGAUCCUCUUAUUAUGGGCUGGCAGGAAUGACCAAAAACACUUUUGAGGUCUUCCCCGUGUCCAACAACGGGACUCCCGUCAGCGAGUUCCCCUUCACCAGGACCGGCCUGCUGGGGUUCAUCGGACCCGCGGGUCUGAUCUUCGUCGCGGGGAAGAUGGACGGUCUGAUGGUGGUGGGGGGGCGCCGUCACAACGCGGACGACAURGUUGCCACAGCGCUGGCUGUGGAGCCCAUGAAGUUUGUCUACAGAGGCAGGAUAGCCGUGUUUUCCAUCACGGUGCUGCACGAUGAGAGGAUCGUGGUCGUGGCUGAGCAGAGACCAGACUCCACUGAGGAGGACAGCUUCCAGUGGAUGAGCAGAGUCCUGCAGGCGAUAGACAGUAUCCACCAGGUGGGGGUGUACUGCCUGGCUCUGGUGCCCUCCAACACUCUGCCAAAAACUCCCCUGGGUGGCAUCCACCUCUCCGAGACCAAGCAGUUGUUUCUGGAGGGGGCGCUGCACCCCUGCAAUGUACUCAUGUGUCCACACACCUGUGUCACCAACCUGCCCAAACCCCGGCAGAAACAACCAGAGAUCGGUCCCGCCUCUGUGAUGGUCGGGAACCUGGUUUCAGGGAAGAGGAUCGCUCAGGCCAGCGGCAGGGAUCUGGGUCAGAUCGAAGACAAUGACCAGGCAAGGAAGUUCCUCUUCCUGUCCGAGGUGCUGCAGUGGAGAGCUCAGAGUACUCCUGACCACGUCCUGUACACACUGCUCAACUCCAGGGGGGCGGUGUCCAACUCACUCACCUGUCUGCAGCUGCAUAAGAGGGCAGARAGAGUGGCGGCUCUGCUGAUGGAGAGAGGAGGUCUGCAGGAAGGAGACCACGUUGCUCUGGUCUACCCACCAGGAAUCGACCUGAUCGCCGCCUUCUACGGCUGCCUGUACGCCGGCUGUGUCCCCAUCACGGUGCGACCGCCUCACCCUCAGAACAUCUCCACCACUCUGCCCACGGUCAAGAUGAUUGUCGAGGUCAGUCAUUCGGCCUGCGUGAUGACCACAGCRGUCAUCUGUAAGCUGCUGCGCUCCAAAGAGGCCAUGGCCACCGUGGACAUCAGGAACUGGCCUCCGGUCCUGGACACUGAUGACCUGCCGAAGAAGAAGCCCCCGGCUCUGUUUAAACCCACCAACCCAGACGGCCUGGCCUAUCUGGACUUCAGCGUGUCCACGACCGGCAUGCUGGCUGGAGUUCAGAUGUCCCAUAAUGCAGUUGGAGCCUUCUGCCGCUCGGUGAAGCUGCAGUGUGAGCUGUACCCGUCCAGAGAGGURGCCAUCUGCCUGGAUCCGUACUGCGGCCUCGGCUUUGUCCUCUGGUGUCUCUGCAGUGUUUAUUCAGGCCAUCAGUCCAUCCUGAUCCCUCCGGUGGAGCUUGAAUCCAACCCUGCGCUGUGGCUGCUGGCUGUCAGCCAGCUGAGGGUGCGAGACACCUUCUGCUCCUACAGCGUCAUGGAGCUCUGCACCAAAGGACUCGGCCUGCAGACUGAAGCACUGAAGGCUCGAGGUCUAGAUCUGUCCAGAGUUCGGGCCUGUGUGGUGGUGGCAGAGGAGAGGCCCAGGAUGGCACUCACACACUCCUUCUCGAAGCUCUUCAAAGACCUGGGCCUCCACCCGCGGUCCGUCAGCACCGCCUUUGGCUGCAGGGUCAACCUGGCCAUCUGCCUGCAGGGAACUUCAGGACCGGACCCAACCACCGUGUACGUGGACAUGAGAGCGUUACGCCACGACAGGGUUCGAUUAGUGGAGAGAGGUUCUCCUCACAGUCUGCCUCUGAUGGAGUCUGGAAAGAUUCUGCCAGGAGUUCGCAUCAUCAUCGCCAACCCAGAGACCAAAGGACCGCUGGGAGACUCGCAUCUCGGAGAGAUCUGGGUCCACAGCGCUCACAACGGCAGCGGAUACUACAGCGGUUACGGUGAGGAGCUCCUUCAGUCGGAUCACUUCAACUCCAGACUCAGUUUUGGAGACACUCAGACGGUUUGGGCCCGGACGGGUUACCUGGGUUUCCUCCGCCGCACUGAGCUCACCGAUGCCAACGGAGAGAGACACGAUGCUCUGUUUGUGGUCGGAGCUCUGGAGGAGGCCAUGGAGCUGCGGGGGAUGAGGUACCACCCCAUCGACAUCGAGACGUCAGUCAUUCGCGCACACAAGAGCAUCAUGGAGUG